AUGGUCUUUAAAAUCAUCACCGUCUGUGACGUCCGUGCAGCUUGUAGAACAAUAUGGUGGCGCUUUCUUCUUCUCAUUGCUAAACUCUCAGUAUUGGAUUUCGCAUCUGCUGCAACAAAGAGAAAACCGCUUCUAUGUGAUACGAACAUGGGAGAGAACAGAGAGAAUCAUGCAGUCUCUCAAGAGAGCAUAUCAAAGAAGAUUGAGAGUAAAAACCAUACAAGCGUCCCCAAGAAUGAUCUUUGGACUGAUGGGCUUAUUUGCGCCUUUGAGUUCAUCCGAGGCGCAAAGAAGCAUAUUGAUUCAAAGGAUGUUCAUCACUUGAAGCAAGAAGAUGGACCAACCAGAGUUCCUUCCCCCGGAUUUGGUUAUAACCCAUUUCUUGAUUCCUCUGCAGUCAAUAAUAUAAGGUCAAGGUCGGUAUCUUCUUUGGAUUUGAAAGAUGAGCAUGUGCUUCCAACAGCACAAGCUGAGAGAUAUGACGGAAGUCGUUGGGUACCUAUUGGUUGGGCUAGAAUAACUGAGCUGGUUCAAAUGGUGCAAGUGAACGCAGAGUGGCCUAACUUGGAGUUAAUGGAUGAUGAAGAGGAUGUACCCGUCACAGAUUUAGCUGCUCCUUACUGGGAACGACCAGGCGGACCUACAUGGUGGUGCCAUAUGGCUGCUGGACACUCUUCUGUUGAAACAUGGCUCAGAAAUGCUACAUGGUUGCAUCCUGCUAUUAGUCUUGCGUUGAGGGAUGAGAGCAAGCUAAUAAGUGAACGGAUGAGACACCUUCUGUAUGAGGUUCCAGUGAGGGUUGCUGGAGGUUUAUUGUUUGAGCUUUUAGGACAAUCAGUUGGUGAUCCAGUGAUCAGUGAGGAUGAUGUCCCCGUUGUUUUCCGGUCUUGGCAAGCUAAAAACUUCCUGGUGACUGUGAUGCACGUAAAAGGAAAUGUAUCAAAUACCAAUGUCUUGGGUGUCACUGAAGUAGAGGAGCUGCUUUAUGCAGGAGGUUAUAAUGUACCAAGAACGGUUCAUGAAGUCAUAGCACACUUGGCUUGCCGUCUUUCUCGAUGGGAUGAUAGGCUAUUCCGUAAAUCCAUAUUUGGCGCUGCUGAUGAAAUCGAACUGAAGUUUAUGAACAGGAGAAACCAUGAGGAUGUAAAUCUCUUCAGUAUCAUUCUCAACCAAGAAAUCAGAAAAUUAUCAAGACAGGUCAUCCGAGUGAAGUGGUCACUACACGCAAGAGAGGAGAUUAUAUUUGAGCUUCUCCAGCAUCUGAGAGGAAACAUAGCUCGGCAUCUGUUAGAAGCUUUGAGGAAGAACACAAGGGAGAUGCUUGAGGAACAAGAAGCAGUCCGUGGACGUCUCUUCACAAUCCAAGAUGUCAUGCAAAGCACUGUCCGUGCUUGGUUACAGGACAAAAGCCUCAGAGUGAGCCAUAACUUAGCCGUGUUUGGAGGAUGUGGUCUUGUGCUAACCAUAAUCGUGGGACUGUUUGGUAUCAACGUGGAUGGCAUCCCCGGUGCUCAGAACACGCCGUACGCGUUUGGUCUGUUCACUCUGCUCAUGGUUCUCAUUGGAGCGGUUCUGAUUGCGGUCGGUCUGGUAUACUUGGGGCUCAAAAAGCCCAUCACAGAAGAACAAGUGAAAGUUAGAAAGCUGGAGCUACAAGGUGUGGUCAAGAUAUUUCAACACGAAGCAGAGACUCAUGCCCAAGUCCGGAGAAACAAUUUGUCUCCUACUGCUGGAGAUGUGUUUGACACUGAGUAUAUACUCAUCCAGCGUAAUCGCAAUAUCAUCGAUUUGGCUAGCCAGAGGAAAGAAGAGAAGACGACUGCUCCGAUGGCCGAUCCUGAGCUAGAAGCUAUUAGGCAGAGGAGAAUGCAAGAGCUCAUGGCUCGACAUGGCACACAGGGGAAGCCAGGCAAUCAGCAGAAUCCAGAUCAAGAGAGAGCACAAGAAGAUGCUAAAAGGGAAGCUGAUGAACGUAGACAAAUGAUGCUUAGUCAAAUAUUGUCUUCCCAAGCCCGAGAGAGAAUCGCUCGAAUUGCCUUGGUGAAACCUGAGAAAGCGAGAGGUGUAGAGGAUGUUAUUUUGAGGGCUGCUCAAAUGGGACAGAUCGUUGAGAAGGUUUCUGAGGAGCGACUGAUAACGCUGUUGGAACAGAUAAACAGCCAAACUAGCAAACAGACAAAAGUCACGAUCCAGAGGCGCCGUGGUGUAGAUGACGAUUAG